AUGGUGGUUUGUGCUGCAGAGUGGAUGUGGGCCUUGGAGGAAGACUUGAACCGACAUUUGACUGGUUUGCGACUUUACUGCUUCCCUGACCAGAGGCCCAGUGCAGUAAGGGUGAUAGCACCUGUUGGACCGGAAAACUUCCGUCCCUUCACCCCUGAGUCUCUGGCAGCCAUCGAGAAGCGGCUGGAAGUGGAGAGGGCCAAGCAGAAGUCCAAAGGGGAGCAGGCUGCACAAGACCAGCUGCGACCCCAGCUGGACUUGAAAGCCUGCCGGAAGGUUCCCCAGUUCUAUGGCGACAUCCCUCCUAAGCUGGUGGGGAGACCCUUGGAGGACCUGGACCCAUUCUACAGUUAUCACAAGACAUUCAUGGUGGUGAACAGGAAGAGGACCAUCUACCGCUUCAGUGCCAAGCCAGCCUUGUUCGUGCUCAGUCCUUUCAAUUCUCUCCGGAAAGUAGCCGUGACCAUUUCCGUCCACACCCUGUUCAGUAUGUUCAUUAUUUGCACAGUUACCGUCAACUGUGCCUUCAUGGCCUCAGCCCCGGAGCCGAACAAGCUUGCUGACCAGGUGUUCAAUAGCAUAUACCUUUUUGAAGCUUUGAUUAAAAUCCUGGCCCGUGGGCUUUUCCUGGAUGAAUUCAGCUUCCUCCGUGAUCCGUGGAACGUGCUGGAUUUCGUCGUCAUCACCAUAGCCAUCCUGUCCUACAACUUUAAAGAGGGGGAUGGAAUCUCCACUCUGCGGAUGUUCCGUGUGCUCCGAGUGUUGAAAGCCAUUUCUGUCAUUUCCGGGCUGAAGGUGAUCGUGGGGGCUCUGCUCCGUUCAGUAAGGAAGCUGAUGGACGUGAUGAUCCUGAUGAUCUUCUGCCUCAGCAUCUUUGCACUCAUCGCCCUCCAGCUGUUCAAAGGGAACCUGCGCCACAAAUGUGUCCUGAAAAGCCCCGAGUGCUGUAGCCACAACUACACAGAGUUCACUUCCCGGACUGCUAAUUCCUGCUUCAAGAAAAAUGGGGCAACUGAGUACGUACUGUGCAACAAAGGGGUCAUCGCUGGCUCAUGUCCAGUGGGCUUCGUGUGCCUGAAAGUCGGAGAAAACCCAAACUGGGGCUUCACGAGUUACGAUAACAUUGGCUGGUCCAUGCUUUCCAUGUUCCGACUGAUGACCCAAGACUCCUGGGAGCUACUGUACCGGCAGACUCUCCGAGCAUCUGGGACAGGUUACAUGUUGUUCUUCGUCCUCGUCAUCUUCCUGGGCUCCUUCUACCUGAUCAACCUGACUCUGGCAGUGGUCACUAUGGCAUAUGAGGAGCAGAAUAAAAACGUGGUUGCUGAAACUCAAGCGAAGGAGAAGAUGUUCCUGGAAGCACUAACGCUCAUACGGAAGGAGGAAGAGGCACUGGUGGCUAUGGGAAUUGACAGGUCAUCCCUGAGCUCCCUGGACUCAGCAACCCGUGCUAAGGAGGAAAGGGAAAAGUUUUAUAGCUCCAGUAGGAAGUCUUUCUGGAAACGAAACUGCAAGGAUGAGGUGGUCCCCAGGCCAGAACCUGAUGAGGGAGCAGGAGCCGCCAAGCACGUACUGGAGCAAACCAAGCGGCUAUCCCAGAACCUGUUUGUGGACUGCCAGGAAGAGCAGGGCAAGAAUCUUCAUAGACAGAGGGCCCUGAGCGCCAUCAGCAUCGUCACCAUCACCAUGCAGGAAUAUGAGGAAUCCCAGAAGAAGUGCCUCCCAUGCUGCGAGGAUCUCGCUUCCAAGUACUGCAUCUGGGAGUGCUGUAACCUGUGGGUACGCAUGAAAGAGGCCUUGGAGAUGGUGGUCAUGGACCCAAUCGCCGACCUGGCCAUCACCCUGUGUAUCGUGCUCAACACUCUCUUCAUGGCCCUGGAGCACUAUGACAUGUCCCAGACCCUGCAGAACACCCUCAACACAGGCAACAAGAUCUUCACGGCCAUUUUUACCAUUGAGAUGUGCCUCAAGAUCAUCGCUCUGGACCCUUAUUACUACUUCCGCCGGCCUUGGAACAUCUUUGACAGCUUUGUCGUCAUGCUGAGCCUCAUAGAACUCGGCUUGGGAUACAUAAUCAAAAACAACCUGUUGCUGCUUCGCUCCUUGAGGCUGCUGAGGGUCUUCAAACUGGCCAAGUCGUGGCCAACCCUCAACACCCUGAUCAAGAUCAUUGGGAACUCCGUGGGGGCCCUAUGGAACCUGACCCUGGUGUUGGUCAUCAUCGUCUUCAUCUUCGCUGUGUUCGGCAUGCAGCUGUUUGGAAAGAACUUCACCUGCUCCAGAACGAAUGAAACCAACUGUUCCGCUGUUGCUCAGAACAACAGGGACAACUUGCGGCGCUGGCACAUGGGCGACUUCUUCCACUCCUUCCUUAUCGUUUUCCGCAUCCUGUGCGGAGAGUGGAUAGACAAUAUGUGGGAAUGUAUGCGUUGUUACAGUGAGCCACUGCUGUGCACUGUGGUCUUCCUGAUGAUCAUGAUCAUAGGGAAACUGGUGGUCCUGAACCUGUUCAUCGCAUUACUGCUCAGCUCAUUCAGCACGGAGAGCCUGGAGGGCAGUGUGGCCGAGGAGGGGAAGGCCACCAAGCUCCAGAUUGCCUUGGAUCGCAUCCAGAGGGGCUGUAUCUGGGUCCUGGAAGAGGAGGAGAAUUCUGAGGAAUCUCUUGAGGCACAGACCUGUCACCAGGCUUCAAGAGGCUACCAGGGCAGUGCCCAAUGGGGUCCAGUUGCUAAGGCCCCAGGGGCUCUCGUGGUCCCCCUUGCUGAGGGAGAAGAAGACUUGGGGUCUCCUGAGGAGUUUGAGCUGAAGGUCAUACCAGGAGCUCAGCCCAGCAAGCAGGAUCCCCAUCCAGAGAAACUACAGAUGUGUAGGAGCCCGGGAGCUUCGAGUGGGGCAGGCAAAGGCAUCCCAGAUGAAGUCACCCAGGAAGCAGCCCAGCAACUGCAAGAGAAAUUUGAAGUCACCAGCUACCGGUCAGACUGCAGCACUGUGGAUCUAUCAAACAUCACCUACCCCACUUCCCAGGUCCAGAAGCAGCCCGAGAGGUGUUUGCCAAAAGUUGUAGAGGCGGCAGGGGUCAUCCAGAGGAUCUGGACCCAAAGGUCACCAUGGUACUGCUUCCUCACAGGCAUCACCCGGCACUUUCCAUGCUGUGCCCUCAACAUCAGAAAGUUUCCCGGCCAGGUUUGGUGGAAUCUGCGGAAAACCUGCUAUCGCAUCGUCCACCACAGCUGGUUUGAAAGUUUUAUCCUGUUCGUGAUUCUACUGAGCAGCGGCACCCUGGUAUUCGAAGAUUACUACUUGUGUCAGAGAGUGAACAUCCAGACUUUGCUCUCCUUCACCGACAAAGUCUUCACCUACAUCUUUGUCUUGGAGAUGCUGCUGAAAUGGGUGGUUUAUGGAUUUAAGAAAUAUUUCACCAGCGUGUGGUGUUGGCUGGACUUCCUCAUUGUAAACGUGUCUGUGGCAAACCUGGCCAUGGAAAAUAAUGGGGGACGUGCAUAUAAAUCCCUGAGGACUCUGAAAGCACUGAGGCCUUUAAGGGCACUGUCCCGGUUUGAAGGGAUGAAGGUGGUGGUAAACGCCUUGUUGGGGGCCAUCCCGGCCAUCAUGAAUGUGCUGCUCGUCUGCCUCAUCUUCUGGCUCAUCUUCUGCAUUUUGGGAGUGAAUCUGUUUGCCGGCAAGUUCGGACGCUGUAUGAAUGGGACAGAGACCCUGCCCGACUGGGCCCUCCGAGAUGUUCCCAACAAGAACAAGUGUGAGGAGCUGGGCCAAUCCACUCACCCUGGGUACAUCUGGGUGACGGCCAAAGUCAACUUCAACAGCGUCCCACAAGGGUACCUGGCGCUGUUUCAGGUGGCUACAUUCAAAGGGUGGAUGGAUAUCGUGUAUGCCGCGGUAGAUGCCAAAAAGAAAGACGAACAGCCAGGCUUCGAGGAGAACCAGUUCAUGUACCUGUACUUUGUCUUUUUCAUCAUCUUCGGCUCUUUCUUCACUCUGAACCUGUUCAUUGGUGUCAUCAUCGAUAAUUUCAACAAGCAGCAGAGAAAGAUAAGGGGCCAGGACAUCUUCAUGACUGAGGAGCAGAAGAAGUACUACAAUGCCAUGAAGAAGCUUGGCUCCAAGAGGCCACAGAAACCCAUCCCCCGGCCACUGAACAAAUGGCAGGCGCUGGUAUUUGAUGUAGUUACAAGCCACGCUUUUGACAUCUUCAUCAUCCUCCUCAUCCUCCUCAAUAUGGUUGCCAUGAUGGUGGAGACAGACAACCAGACCAAGGCAGCCCAGAAGUACCUGGAUGGGAUCAACUUGCUCUUUGUGGCCCUUUUCACAGCCGAAUGCAUUGUGAAAAUCUUUGCUCUCAGACACUACUAUUUCACCAAUGGCUGGAACCUCUUUGACUGCGUGGUGGUGGUUCUCUCGGUGGUCAGUUCUGUGGUCUCCCAAUUGGAGGAUACCGAAUACAUCCCUUUCCCCCCUACACUUUUUCGCAUCAUCCGCUUGGCUCGCAUCGGUCGCAUCCUGAGGCUGGUCCGUGCGGCCAAGGGCAUCCGCACCCUCCUCUUCGCUCUGAUGAUGUCACUGCCGGCCCUGUUCAACAUUGGCCUGCUGCUCUUCCUGGUCAUGUUCAUCUACUCCAUCUUCGGCAUGGCCAACUUCGCCCAUGUCAAGUGGGAUAAGGGCAUCGACGACAUGUUCAACUUCCAGACGUUCGCCAGCAGCAUGCUCUGCCUCUUCCAGAUCACUACAUCAGCCGGCUGGGACAACCUCCUGAACCCCAUCCUUAACACAGAAUACCCGUUCUGUGACCCGAACAUCGCCGAAACCAAGUGCAACAAGAGUAACUGUGGCAGCCCCGCCAUCGGGAUUGGGUAUUUCGUCAGCUACAUCAUCAUCUCCUUCCUCAUCGUGGUGAACAUGUACAUCGCCGUCAUCCUGGAGAACUUCAGCGUGGCUACGGAGGAAAGCACCGAGCCGCUGAGUGAGGACGACUUCGACAUGUUCUACGAGGUCUGGGAGAAGUUUGACCCUGAGGCCUCACAGUUCAUCCAUCAGUCAGCCUUGUCAGACUUUGCUGACGCCCUGGCCGAGCCUUUACGUGUCCCCAAGCCCAAUCAAAACCAGCUGCUUACCAUGGACCUGCCGAUGGUAAGCGGGAACCGGCUCCAUUGCCUGGACAUUCUGUUCACCUUCACCACCAGGGUGCUGGGGGAGUCGGGCGAGAAGGACACCCUCAGGGUGCAGAUGGAGGAAAAGUUCAUGGCGGCCAACCCAUCCAGGGAGCUGUACGAGCCCAUUGUGACCACCACCCGGCGCCAGGAGGAGGAGCGCUGUGCAACCAUCAUCCAGAAGGCCUACCGGAACCACCUGCUCAAAGAGGAAAUAGUAAAGCUUAAGGCUAUUUAUAUAAACUUUGUGACUGAGCCUCCGUCAGCUAGUGCCCCGCACAGCUUCUGCCACUUCCAUCCCGUCCUGACUCUGCCCCUCCGUGGGACGGCCCCUUAUGAUGUCACACUGGACAUCACAGACUUCCCCACCCCAAAUAUAUUCCAGGUGCUACCUGAAGGUUGCAGCAACACUUUUCAAGAGCACCAGUCAGAGCCCUAG